AUGCUGAAACAGCAAAGUGCAGUAACUCUUAUAACAACACUGCCAGCAUCAGUAGACACAGUUUCUGUCCAAAGAGAUAUUAGGGAGGCAAAUGUGUGGCAAAAAAAGGAGUUUCAGUGUCCUGUACCCAUAAAGGAAUACAACUCACACCUAGGCGGGGUCAAUUUGACUGACCAGAGAACCACAGCAUAUGCCAGACUGAUGAAAGGGUGGGCUUGGUACCUGAAACAGUUUUACCAUCUACAAGAGGUAUCAAUUCUAACAGCAUAUGUUUUACAUUGCUGCUUUCAUGCCAAGGAAACAUCAAUGAUGCAAUUUCGACUUGAUAUAAACCAGGGUCUCCAUGGGGGCAGACCCUACAGGCAUGAUUCACCACAAGUUCCCGCUGACCCAAUAAUUCGCAGAAAUCUUAACUUGGGUCACUUUCCUCUUAAAGCAAAGAAGAGAUGUGCAUGCAAGGUUCAUAUUCAGAGAGUGUUAACACCAUACAUGUGUGAAUUGUGUGACACCUACAUGUGCCCCACCCCUUGCUUUGAGAAGUAUCACACCAUGGAUCAGUGUAUCUUUAAUGAUGAGGAAUGUGGCCAGGGUCCUUCAAGACUAAAGCCAUAA